ACUAAACUUAACGACUAAUCCAAGAAACAGGCGGCGGCUCCCGUUAUCACCGCCACCGUCACCGCCGCUCUACUGCCGCGUGUCUAUCCUCCCCUCUUUCCCCACAGCUAACAAUCUCCAGUUCUCGUUCAAUUCGCCAGCUCGAAUUCCUCAGCAAUGGAUCUGGCGGAGGAGCUUCAAAACCUCAGCGUCUCCGACAUCCUCAAGGAAUCAAUCUCGAUCCCCAAGCAAUCCCCCAAAACCUUCUACCUCAUAACCCUCACCCUAAUUUUCCCCCUCUCCUUCGCGAUCCUCGCUCACUCGCUCUUCACGCACCCGAUCAUCUCGCAGCUCCAAUCCGACUCCCCCGCCGCCGCGGCAUCGGACUGGUCGCGCCUCCUGAUUUUCCAAUUCUUCUACCUCAUCUUCCUCUUCACGUUCUCGCUCCUCUCCACCGCCGCCGUGGUCUUCACCGUCGCCUCGCUCUACACCAACAAGCCGGUUUCGUACUCCUCCACCGUCGCCGCCGUCCCCAGCGUGUUCAAGCGCCUAUUCCUCACGUUUCUGUGGAUCGCCUUGCUGAUGGUCGGAUACUACAUCGUUUUCCUAGGGUUUCUGGUGCUCCUAGUCUACUCCGUCGACACGCAGAAUGUAGGGCUGUUUGUGUUCUCGAUUCUGGUGGUUUUCACAUUGUUUUUGGGGGUUCAUGUCUACAUAAGCGCAUUGUGGCAUCUAGCCAGCGUUGUUUCAGUUCUUGAGCCCCUUUAUGGAUUUGCCGCCAUGAAAAAGAGCUAUGAGUUGCUCAGGGGGAGGACUUACAUUGGUUUCUCGAUUGUGUUCGGUUAUCUGACUAUCUGUGGAGUGAUCAAUGGCAUUUUCGCAUCCAUUGUGGUGCACGGAGGGGAUGAUUACGGCGUGUUUACGAGGAUUAUGGUGGGUGGAUUCCUGGUUGGGGUGUUGGUGAUAGUGAACUUGAUCGGGUUGUUGGCGCAGAGUGUGUUUUACUAUGUCUGCAAGAGCUACCAUCACCAGACAAUCGAUAAGAGCGUGCUGUAUGAUCAUCUUGGAGGAUAUCUUGGGGAAUAUGUGCCUCUUAAGAGCAGCAUUCAGAUGGAAAACUUGGAUGCUUGAAUCCGGUAUGGCUAUGUGCUAGGGAUGUGAAAUUCCGUAGAUUUGAGAAUGAAAUUCGUAAAAAGUUGAAAACAUUUGGAGAAGUUUGUGUGAAUGUCUGUUUGGGAUGCUUUUUCAAUUGAAGUUGUGUUGUUUGUUCUGCCUUAUAAUGAAUAUUCUUUGGUGUUGAA